GACAGAGGAGGAGCUUUGACGUGAGCUACAGGGCAAGGAGCUUGCAAGAGCUUUUACUUCACGUCAUAUUGUUUGAUGGCAAGUGCUGGGAGCACAGGCAGCCUCACAGCCAGUGGCUUCUCCUCUCUCCCCCCCACCUCAUCCAUUGUAUCAUGCAGAAAGCACUGGCUUCAUAAUCGUGCAGCACCAAGGACCUAUGGAUCUGGUGCUGGAUUAGGGGACUGUGGCCAUUCCUGAUGCUUUAGACCUCAGGUGCAACUGCAUGUGAUAUAUGUUGGCUAAACCGGGAAAGCGAAAGUUUGACGAGCAUGAAGAUGGGCUGGAAGGCAAAGUGGUGUCUCCGACAGAUGGGCCAUCGAAAGUAUCCUACACUUUACAGCGCCAGACUAUCUUCAACAUUUCCCUUAUGAAACUCUACAACCACAGGCCACUUACGGAGCCAAGUUUGCAGAAAACAGUUUUAAUAAAUAACAUGUUGAGACGGAUACAGGAGGAGCUAAAGCAAGAAGGCAGCUUGAAGCCUGUUUUUAUUAGCACUUCACAGACCUCGGAUCCUCUCGGAGACUCGUACCAGGAGGCUCAGCCUGCAUUCAGCCAUCUCAGCUCCCAGCCUCUUCAGCCCACUGACUUAUUAAGCACUACACCACUAGAGUCUUGCCUCACUCCUGCCUCUCUGCUUGAGGAGGACACAUAUUGCACUUCCCAAACAGUCCAGCAGAAUAUUUCUAGCAGCAAAUUACCAUCACCACCGCCACCUGCUCUUGUCCAGCCAGUAAAAGACAGUUUCUCCUCCGCAUUGGAUGAAAUCGAGGAGCUGUGUCCAUCGUCUACCUCCACAGAGGCAGCUGCAGAAGCAGCCGUGCAUCUAAAAGAUGAACCUGUUGCAGCAGGAACCCUUAAGCCUGAGGGAACACAAGAGAAUAGAACAAGUGAGCCAAAACUAAUGGAUUCUCUUCCAGGGAAUUUCGAAUUAACAACCUCCACCGGCUUUCUUACAGAUCUGACUUUAGAUGAUAUCCUUUUUUCUGACAUUGACACGUCCAUGUACGAUUUUGAUCCUUGCACAUCCAAUACAGGAGCAGCCUCGAAAAUGGCACCUGAUGAACUCCUUAAAACUUUAUCUCCUUAUAGCAACCAACCGGUAACCCCAAAUCAGCCUUUCAAGAUGGACCUCACGGAAUUAGAUCACAUAAUGGAGGUUUUGGUUGGUUCCUAAAAAAAAACUCUGCAUAGUCCUCAACUCCUUACACCACAGAUUCACAGCACUGUGCACGCAUACUUUGCCUUUUUUUUUUCAAGAAAAAAAAAGGAUCCUGUUUAGAUAUUGCAUUACGCUGUAUUGGAGUGCCUUCUGUAUGACCACUUUGGAGAUAUACUUUAUAAGUCCGUCUCCAGGGAUGGUUAUACCAUAGUCCACUGAAGAUUUCAUACAUACUAUCAAGAGACAACUUAAACAUCCUUUUAAGCUGUCUGUGUAUAAGCACAAGAAUUAUGUUGGGGAACGCUGUAAAUUGCAUGUGCAUAACUGUCUAUUUUUUCAAUAAGGUUUAUUGCAAGAGGUAAAAUUUUAUUAUUUAGGUAAUCGAAACCCCUUUUUUGUCAUUUAAGGUUGGGAGGAAAAAUUGGAGGCAUUAAUUACUGCUUUUUCAGUAAGAAUUGCAUAUACCUGGCUGCUUAGAUCCCCCUUGCCCAAAUGUUUUUUUUAUAUUUUUGUACAGAUUCUGUCAUUUAUUAUAUUGGGGUUUUUUUUAGAAAAGGAAAAAAAAGAGAGAAAAAAAUUAUGCCGAGACAGCUAAUGUUUCACGUGACAAAGUAAUUUUGAUAGGAUUUGCGUAUGAAUUUCCAUUCUUAUUGAAAUGUACAAUGUUGGCCCAUAACUUUAAAUACCUAAGUUCUUCAAGUCCAGCCAGAUUUUGAAAGUAGGUUACUUUCAAGCUGUAUUCUAAUAGAAAUAGGGUUAUUGCCUAUUUAGGUGCAAAAGAAAAUUAAAUGAAUUGGCAAAUAUUCUGCUCACCCAGCGAAAAGUAUUAUUUUCUAACUCCCUUGCAUAUUUACACUUGACUGGGUCUUAGGCUUCCACUACUAUCUUUAAUUAUUUCACCAUGGUCCCUGCUGAUAUAUUGAACAUGCAUAGAUACAUACACUUAGAACGUGGCUCCUUAACAUUAACAAUAAAAGUUUAGAUUUUCCUGCAUUGAUGGUAAGACAAGUAAUAUACGGUAGCUGCAUGACUUUACCCUCACCAAUGACUUUACCAUUGUCACCAAUACACUCUUGAUAACCGUUUUGGUGGCUAAAUCAUUGUUGUCAGUACAUUCUAUUAGGUUGCUUGGAAUAAUGACAACUUUACAUAGACACAGUCAUGAUGUACACCAUGUGGUUAUGCUAUUUAAGAGGUUUUCUGCCUUGGCUAGAUCCUUAGUUAGAAUGGUUCCUUGACAAUAAGCUGUUCACAAAGUGUCCCACUGCGGAGACCAACAGAUUCAAAUCAAUGGGUUGUCUGAGUAGUGCAGGACAGGACAUCUUCUCCAGAGCAAGAGAUACUCUUUGUAUGCACUCUCCAUUUUGGCCAAGAGAUGUAUUUUCUACACUGGACACUCCCUUUUAUUCUUUGGGUAGAUAACUGGAUUGGUCAACUAUAAGUAGGAACAAGCUCUAAGUUUGCUAAAUGAAGACUUUGAGUGCCCAGGUUUCAACCUCAACAUAGUUCAUAUUCUGUCAUGUCACCAUCAACAAAUGCCUCACGUAAGAGAUUGCUGAGUAAUAAAGUCCAGCUCCAUAUUACACAAUAUAAAUCACUAAACUGUAACUAUUUGCCUUGAUCAAUGAAAGCCUAAACAACACCAUUAAGUAAGUGAGAUGCAGCCACGUCCUCCUUGUGUUGUGUGCAUUUUUUUCCCAUCAGACAUUUGCCAUACAUGUGCCUUUCCAUGUCCGAAGUGUACAAAUAUGUUAAUGGGAACCCAACGCAAGCUGUUACCAGACACGUAUCCUCUGAAGUAGAACCAAAAGACCAUCUGUAUCUGUAGUUCUAAAAAAAAAAAAAGUAUAGAUCCAUUUAAUGGUAAACAUGCUGGAACUAAAAUAUUGUCUCACAAUGUUUGCGGUAGGCAACUUUUUAUCAGUGUUUUAUUGUGGUAAAGCCCAUGGUAUGUGAGAUCAGAUAGAAAUAUAGCCUAGGACUGAAGCUGGCCAUAGAUAGGGAUUUUGUUGUGUCUAUGAUAACUGGCAAACCGCCCACCAAUAAAGUGACUGAACAGAUCAGAUUUAAACCCAUCCGAUCCAACUAAAGGAAAAAGGCAUUAAAGGGGUAUUCUGGGAAACUCAAAUUAUCCCCUGUCCACAGGCUACCGGAUAAGUGUCAGAUUGCAGGGGCCAAUGACUGCUUUGACUCCCUGAGAUCCCCUUGUACAGGAUCUGACAACUCACCUGUCCUUGGAGUGCCCCCGUCCCCACCUUCUGAGAUAAACAGGAGUGACAGCCCGCUCAGCCAAUCACUGGCUUAAACAGGGUCCUAGCUCAGCCGGUGAUAAGUGGGCAGAAGCACUUAGAGGACUGAUGAGUUGCUGGGCCUUGUACAGGAGAUCUUAGGGGAGAGGGGAGACCUCCCCACAAUCAGACACCUAUCCCCUAUCCUGUGGAAGGCAAUGCUCACUGGGAAAAGUAUGAAAAAUGUCCUUAACGAAUACAAUGUUUAUCUAGCUGAAUAAUAUGGGCACAUUUAUGGUGAAAUCAGGAUAGAUAGAUAGACAGCUGAUUAAUAUAUUGAAGAAACUAAAGAUGCUCCCUGUAUCUUUUUUUAAAUGGGUUAUUCCAAAAUAAAAAAGUAUCACCUAUGCAGAAGAGUGAAGAUAACUAGCUGAUUGUCGGCGGUCCUAGUACAGUGCUUGGUUAGCUUCGAAGGCAGCUUAGAGACUGAAUGGACAAAGGCUAAGCAUGAGGCUGUCAUUCCAAUCACUCAGUACACAAGGGAUCCCCAUUCUCAUAAUCCAUGGGGGUCCCAGUGGUUUGAUCUUUACAUCAGCUAGUUAUCACCUGUAAACACUCAAAGUAAAAAAUACCUUAAAAUAAUUAACCUUCAGUUAAUGCUUCACAUACGCAAAGAGUGUUAUGAUUAGACAACUUCAGAUCAUACGUUUUGUCCCAAGUGUAAGAUAAGGAGACGUUUGUUUAUAAAGCCCAAGACAUGGCAUGGUUUCUCCAUGUUUGAAAUGUAACAACUCAAAAUGGUGGAAUAUGAAAGGUACAGCUGUAAUUUUUUGGGGAAAGGUAAUAUAUUUAAUACGUUUGGAGCUGUCCACGAAUGAGCAGCCUUCUCUUCCGAUGAGUCUGUCUCUUAAGUUCUCUCCCAUCUUUCAAAACCAUAGAGAACCCAUUUCAUGCAAAUUCUUCCAUUAACAAAUCUAGUGGAAUCUUUUUUCCCUCAAACUUUUUGAGUUUCCUACUCAGUUUUAAUUUGCAUAUAAACACCUCCCAGCUACCUCAUAAGAACCAUUGCUGACCCACCCAGUUCUCUAGGUAAACCCUUCCAUAUUUCUGUUAGCUUUCACUAUGGCUCAUUCACAUUUUGUGUAGGGGAAAAGGGAGCACAGAUAAACUUUAGUAGGCAACAUUCUCUUUUUAUUAUGUGUGUACAUUAAAAUCUAAGUAAAAAAAAAAAAAGACAUUUAAACUGUAUUCUAGCAAAUGUUCAAAUGCCAUUUUAGGUUUCUAUCAGAUAUUGUGCUUCUGUAACCAUUGUCAGAAACCAUGAAUUACCCAUAAUUGGGUUUGUAUGCAAUUUUUAUACCUUAUUCACUUAAGAAAAAGUGAGAAAAUGGGCUUACGCGAUCAAAAACUUUCUUCUUCUUUGUUCCCACCAAAUCUGUCAAGCGCCUCAUCUCCUUGUACCUAAGGGAAUGGCGGUACAGCUAAACAGGAAAAUUCUAUAAGAACCCACUGGACAUUUGCGAUCAAAUGAAAUUUUUUUAUCAACUGGUUGCUAUAUGAUAACGCAUUGGUUCUCACACACCUUUUCGACACACUAUUACCAUUGCAGUACACGUCUUGCCUUUUUUUGGGUCACUUUGCUUGCAUUGUACUUUUUGUUCAGUUUUAUAUGAAAAAUGCUCAAAUUCUGUCUGCAAGCAGGAAGCAGUCAACUCUUACGAUAUUUAAUGGGUUUGUCAAAAGUGACGUCAUCACUUUGCUGUUUCAGUACUUUUAUAUCAUUUUGUUGUAUAUUUGUUCACUCUUACCAAUACUUUGUGUAAAAAAAAACAAUGUUUGUGGCUUUCUUUAAUUUAUCCUUUCCUAUUUAAUUUUGAAAACUAUGUCUUGUAUGUUUUGAGAUAGAGGCAAGUUGAAAUUGUCAUUUGGCAGCCAUUUUGAAUGGUUCACCUUUUUACUACAAGAUUUUUGAGUCAUGUGUCAAAAACAAUCGCAACGUUCAAUCUACCGUGGCUUUAUAAGAGUGUUGCCGAUUUUAUAAUGGAAAAUAGAAAAAAAACUUUCUCUAGUCCUUCCUUCUCCAAACUCUGUGCAGUAUUUCUUUGCUUUCUGUAUGGUACUUUUUAGCUGUUAACUACAGAUUGCAACCUACUAUUUUAAAUGUGUAUUACUUCUUUAGAAAUUACUUUUAUAUUAAUUUAUUUAAGAAAUUUUAAAAUUAUGUUUUUAUGUCAUCUGGCAAUAUUAAGCGGUCUCUGCUCACUUCUUGCCCUUGAUCAGCUUGGGUCUGUGAUAGGCACUUUAAGGCACCACACUGACAACUUUAACUAAAGAGUCUACACGAUGGCAAUAGGGGAGAGGGUUAAUGAUUGUGAAUGGCUUGUAUUAAAGGUUGCUAGAUAAUUUUAUAUAUCUAUAUAUGUGCACGGGAAAUGUGAAUUUAAUCAGCAACAAAUUAUUUGCUAAACAAAACAUAUAGAUUUCUUUUUAUUUAUUUUAUAGCAUGUAUGAAUUAAUUAUAUAAGGGACAUAUUUUAAGUUACAAAAUGUGUUUACAAAGAGGCAACACCAUGCUGAAAUAUGUAAAUAUACAAUUAAGAUAUGGUUGAUAUUCUAAAUAGUUUUAAAUUUAUUUUUUUCCUACAGAAGUCCGGGAAGGUAGCCAUUUUGUAUAGGUAGGGAAUUUCUAAAUAGUGAUUUUUAUUUUUUUUUAUUCUUUUUUAAUAUUAGUACAUUAAAUUGUUUAAUUUAUAAUAUUUAUUAUAUUCUGAAUUAUCUAACAAUGCAUUCACCAGAAGAAAACAGUCUUAUUCGCAAUUGUCUUAAACUGGACAAGGUAUGACUAUAUGCAGUAGCAGAAAGAUGAGUGUCAAAGUGACAUUUUUAGAGCCACUUAAAUUAUUGUAUAAGGAUAUUGCAAUAUCUUACUGUGUCUUCUGGAUCUCUUCCAUUGCAAGCAGGAGACGUACCACUAAUAGAGUGGGGGAAUGAAAAAUGUUCUAUGGUUCUCUGCAUAGAAAACUACAAAAAUAAAUACAAAGGCCCAGAUUUAUCAAACUGUGUGAGAGAAAAAAAGAGGA